GAAUGCGCGCGUGGUCUCUUAAGAUGCACGCGUGCACAAGGUGGAGGGGAUCGAACCCGGAACCUCCUGCAGGCGUGCACGCGCAUUUAGCGAGAAGAUGUAUUAAUGCACCUUUCGUGCAACUUUUUUUUGGCCGUUUCUUUUCUGUGUGAUUCUUAAAAGGAGGCGCGUGACAUUUCCACGCAUCUCCAACCGAGUGGCCGGUGGGGUCGAUCAAAUCUCGUGCGCAAGUCUCGCCGGCUCUCAUGGGACUCGCUCACUCGUCGCGUUGUUUGCUGCUACGGCGGAAGAUGGCGGAGGCGGACGGCUGCGAGCGACACCAUGCCGUCACCUCCCACUUCUCCCAGUCCACCCAGCCAUCCCGUGUGGCCAAACCAGUGCCUGUCGCCCCCCAGCACCAGCACCAGCACCAGCACGUGCCCCGCGCCUCCCGCACGCCUCGCGUCGCCGCCGCCGCCUUCCAGGGCGCCGGUCCCGCUCGAGGCGAGGGCGCCAAAUUCCUCAGCCCCGAGGAGAUGACGUCGCAGGACUACUACUUUGACUCCUACGCCCACUUUGGCAUCCAUGAGGAGAUGCUGAAGGACGAGGUGCGCACGCUCACGUACCGUAACGCCAUGUACCACAACAAGCACGUGUUCAAGGACAAGGUGGUGCUGGACGUCGGGAGCGGGACGGGCAUCCUGUCCAUGUUCGCAGCGAACGCCGGCGCCAAACACGUCUACGGGAUCGAAUGUUCCAGCAUAUCGGAAUAUUCCGGGAAGAUCAUCAAGUCCAAUCACCUGCACAACGUCAUCACCAUCUUCCAGGGCAAGGCGGAGGAGGUGGAGCUUCCCGUGGACGAGGUGGACAUCAUCAUCUCCGAGUGGAUGGGCUACUGCCUCUUCUACGAGUCCAUGCUCAACACCGUCAUCUUCGCCAGGGACAAGUGGCUGAAACCGGGAGGCCUGAUGUUCCCUGACCGAGCGUCCCUCUAUGUGGUGGCCAUAGAAGACAGGCAGUACAAGGACUUCAAGAUCCACUGGUGGGAGAACGUGUACGGCUUCGACAUGAGCUGCAUUCGCAACGUGGCCAUCAAGGAGCCUCUGGUGGACGUGGUGGACCCCAAGCAGGUGGUCACCAACGCCUUUCUGCUAAAGGAAGUGGACAUCUACACGGUGAAGCCGGACGACCUGACCUUCACGUCGGCGUUCUGCCUGCGGGUCCAGCGCAACGACUACGUGCACGCGCUGGUCACCUACUUCAGCGUCGAGUUCAGCAAGUGUCACAAGAAGACGGGCUUCUCCACCGCGCCGGAUGCGGCGAGCACGCACUGGAAGCAGACCGUCUUCUAUUUGGAGGACUACCUGACCGUGAAGAAAGGCGAGGAGAUAUUCGGCAGCAUCGCCGUCAGGCCCAACGACAAGAACGAGCGUGAUCUGGAGUUCGCGCUGGAGCUGGACUUCAAAGGCCAGCUAUGCGACGCCGCCGUCUCCCACGACUAUAAGAUGCGCUAGGCGCCCAAAAACCACCGCACCUCACACGACGCCAUCCCAGCUCGCUUAACAGUGAUGUCAUCAGUAUCAGCAAUAACACCAAAAUGACGGACAUGUCGAAGAAUGUACCAACCUCAACGCACUCUCCUGUUAUGUCGCGGGGCAGAUUGUCCCGUUUUUACUGUAUUGUUUAGCAUGAGAGAGCUUUUGCUGAGUUAAGAGCGCCGUGAAACCGAGCACUAAUGUAAACAUGGAAGAGAGCCGAUGAAUUAAAAGCUGAA